AUGGCUACCCCAGACGUCAUUAGCCCAGUUGAUAUCACUCAGCAUGCGGCUAUUGCUCCAUCGGUUGUUCUGGACCGCAAGCCUGGCCAGCACAAUGUCCGCACCGUUAUGAAUUAUUACAAGGACCCCGAAGACGGGUCCCCGCCAGCCCCCUUUUACAUCGAGUAUGGACCUUUCCCGUCUUACGAGUCAAAUGCCUUUGCAUUUCUGGUUCAUCAUGAAAGCCAGGAGAAAGCAUUUGUAGACGAGGAUCAGAUCAAGAGCAACUACUAUUCAGAGAUCGAGCAGCUGCUGAAAGACGCAACGGGGGCUAGCCGUGUCUUCAUCUUUGAUCACACGAUCCGUCGCGAGCAGCUUGGUGUUCCAAAUGCUCCCGUCCGCGGCCCGGUCCGAAGUGUGCACAUCGAUCAGUCGUACACGGCGUCGGUAGAGAGAGUGCGGUAUCAUCUCCCUGAAGAGGCCGAGAAGCUGCUGCAGAAGCGGUUCCAAAUCAUCAAUGUUCGUGGUAUCCCAACUCCCAUUCUCUACUUCAGCAUUGGCUCACGAAGAAUGCAGGUCUGGCGCCCUAUCAAAACGGUACUGAAAGACCCCCUCGGGGUUGCUGAUGCGCACUCUGUCCCCGAGUCAGAUCUUGUCGGUGCGGCGCUCAUUUACCCACAACGUAAGGGCGAGACAUAUGUGGUCAAACCAAACCCGGCACACAGGUGGUACUUCAAGUACGCGCAGCGCCCUGAUGAGGUUACGCUCAUCAAGUGUUACGAUUCUGUCACAGCACCGGGAGUGGCGCGACGUGUCCCUCACUCGGCAUUCGUUGACUCCGCUGAGGAAGAUAAGGAGCCGCGUGAGAGCAUCGAAGUGCGUACUCUGGUGUUCUAUGACAAUUGA